AUGGAACACCGCCCGCAACCUUUCCUGACGCGCUUCAUAUCGCGCCGUCGCGUUCAGCAUGCGCAUGAGUCCUAUGACCAGGGAAGUGGCCAGGUCUUCUCCGAGACACACUGCGGCAUGACUUCCAUGUACCCCUCAUGGGUCACUGCGACUACCGGAGCUGUUGCCGAUCUUGUCGACUUUCGGAACACCGAAUCCACGGGAGCUGCCUGCCUGGAGCAGGUUGCCAUUCGCUCUGUGCUUCUGCAACUCAAUAAUCUGGACUACGAGACCAUUGCCUGCGUUCCGUGGACCGUUGGAAGAAAGAUUUGGGCCCAGAUCCGACGCUAUCGCCUUGACUCUUUGCGCGUCUGGCGCCUAUUUGUCAGAGCUUAUCCUGACGAGCGCCACGCUUUCCAGGAAACACGCAAAAUCCCCUUGUUGAACUUGAAUGCUCAUUACGCAUUUAAUGAAAUCGCUAGGCAAAUUACUGCGCCAAACUUCGAAUGGGUCACUCACUUGACGCUACAAGACCCUGAGCUUUCCAAGCAUGACUGGGCCGAGAUGACCAAGAUCCGGAACCUCGGUGCUCUCGCCAUCCUUGGCCCGAGCUCGGAUAGUAUGGAUGAUCGCGUCAUAAGAGGCUGGAGUGAAGCUGCAAAGGACGGCCAUGUCUUCUCCAAGCUCCGCGUUUUACUUCUUGUCUGCCUCCCACACAUAUCCACCCGUACAUUGGGCUAUCUACGCACUUUUCCAGCUUUAACCCUCUGCAACCUGAGUGCAUGUAAUAUUCGCCUCGAAAAAGCAGAGGAGCUUGGUUGGAAACCAGCUGUCCGAAACUCGACGGCUCAUGAGCUCAACAUCGAAUGGACCUUUAGUUCAAACGUGCAUGAUGCCAUGCGCGCCUACUAUCGACGUGCCGCAUCCCCAACCCUGUCUUUACCCGCCAAAGUCGAAACCGAUGAGAAACCCGUGCUCUCGUUAUUCAAGCGCUCAACAACCUCCGCCAUGCCAGAAGAAGGCAGGUCAUUAUGGUUCUGGCGGACCAACCCCACAGAGCUUGGUAGUGAAGAGACCAAGAAACCUCCAACUCCUACAGAGCCUCCGAGAAAGAGACGCAAACUGCGCCCAACGAAAGAGAAGACCUUAGGUGAUGUCAUGAGUAGCUUCGGAAUAUGA